UGAAGAGUAAAAAAAAUCACUCUGAUAAUUGUUUUCAUCGGUGAUUUAUUUGUUUAUAUGUUUAAUUGUGUUUGAUUAAUUGUACAAUCUGAUUAACCCAAUUUAAGGAUAUUAAUUACUGAAGUAAACAUGCAACAAUUAACAAGAUACAAAUAUGUUUUCAAGGUAAUCAACUGUUCAACCAUCAUUGUCAAGUUAACAAUUACUUUUGGGUUUAAUUGUUAAAUGUUAUUUGAUUAUUACAGUCAAAAAGGAUCAGUUGAUUAUGUGAUUUAAAUGAUCACCAAUUAAAUGAACACAAAAAGUUAUUAAUUAUUAUUACCGAAUCAUCAAUCCAAUGGAUACCAAAUUAUUAUGUUACCUCAAAGUGAUUGUUGUUAUUGUUGAGUUUGGAUUAACUUUCAUUAGAUUUAAACAUGUUGGUUAAUUAACCAUAUUAGCAUGUCUGUUAAUCUAAUUUUCAUCACUACUUAAUCAACUUAAUUGUGUUCGUCGAAUCAAAAUAAUGUUAAUUGUUCAUUUUUUAUGAUAUUUUUGUUGUUUAUGUUUCUGUUUCAUGGUCAUUACAUUUUGACCAUUAGACUUUUUUGUUUACCUUUUGUUUGUUUAUUUUUUUCCCGUUUCCAUUUUAAAUUAAUCCUUUUAAUCCGGUAAAUGAGAUGAGUUUUAACAAAGACCAACGACCAGGAUCAAGUUAUCAUCAAGAUGAUCUGCCAAUUGUAACAAUUAAACCUUCAUCAUCAAACAAAUUGGAAAGUAUCAACUCAAGCCUUGAAAGCAUCUCACCUAAAGAAACUGAUCGACAAUCAGCUAAUCAUGGUUUCCAGAAUUUAAUUGCUCGUAUUCGUAUUGCUUGUAAAUUUACUCGACCCAAGAAAACCUCAGAGAGUGAAGUUAAUGCUGGUGGCGGUGGUGAUGAUACCGUUGGCGGAGGUGGAGGUGGUGGUGAAAGUUAUUCAUUGAAUGAACUUCGUAAAUCAAGUAAUAGUACCAAUAGGAAAGAAUCAAUUCUCCGUCGACCAAUGGCUAAUAGUUACCAGCGACAAAUUAGUGCCUCCUCAUCUCGAGCAAUUAUCGGCGGUCAAGGUUCACAUCUAAAUCUUUGUCCAACCGAUUCCAAUUCAGCGACACGUAAUUACAUUAUCGCCGAUGGAAAAGUUCACUUUUGGAAAAAUUUUGGCUACGAGCCCGAGGGUCACCCUUUUGUAAAAGCAGCUCAUGAUACCGACGGCGAAGCGAUUGCAUCGAUUAUGCAUAAACAAUGGCGAAUGCAACCACCUCGAAUCGUGUCCUUAAUAAUAUCGAAUGUCGAUUCAUUAAGAGAAUGGUCCAAUCCCCGACAAAUCGAUAACUUUAAAAAAGGAUUGAUCAAAGCAGCCAAUACAACAAAUAUGUGGAUUUUCACAACGGGAACUAAUUUAGGUGCUUCCAAGAUCAUCGGAGACGCAGUUUCCAAUGAGAGUAAAGAAAGACAAUCAUUUUAUUCAUCUCAUAAUAAAUGCGAAGGACGUGGUAUCACCAAGCCACCGAAUCUUAACUUCAUUGGUAUAACCAGGGAAGACAUGGUCAAGUACGCUGAUCAAUUAGGUUCUGAUAAGACUGAUAUUAAUAUUGAAAAUCAAGGUAACAUUCCCGAAGAGGGUAAAUAUGAUCUUAAUCCAGAUCAUACUCAUUUCAUCGUUGUUCGUGAUAGUACAAUUAACAAAACAGGAAUCAAUUUGUUUGUCCUUCGUUUGAUGGGAUUUCUUUCAACGGUUGGUGGUUGUGAUUUUAUUCGUGAAAAUGUCGAAACCGAUUUACAUACAAAGAUUAAAGAUGUUCCCGAUUUAUGUUCAUUGACCAACAUGGAGAUUCCCGUUGUUUCCAUAGUUGUUCAAGGAGGUUAUGAUUGCGCUCGAUUGGUGGUUGAUUGUUUGAAACGUCAAUAUCCAGUUGUGGUUCUAAGAGGUUCGGGAGGGUUAGCUGAUCUUUUGGCUUUCGCUUUCUCUGAGUUGGAACAACGAGCUCGUGAAACUGGUCCUUGGGGAACUUGGGAUCCUGAAUAUGUAGAAAAUUUUCUCAAACCCGAACUGGUCACCAAAAUUGCUCACUAUUUUCCAAAACUUCGGGAAAAUGUACUCACUCGAAAUUUGUUCCGUGAUAGAAUUUUGGAAUGUGUUAGACUCGCAAAGCAGAAUAGUCUCUCUUUCAUAACUGUUCUUAAUAUGCACAAUUACUCUGAAUGUAAAUUGGACAAUUUAUCCGUCUACUUGUUACGCGCUCUUUUCGCCUCUAAACCUCGAAGCUCUAAUCGAGUUCAUGAUUACUCACGAUCAACUAUUGAAGGAUCAACCGUUUCAGAUGAUAAAAUAUUAAAAGAAUUGUACCUUACUUUGGACUGGAACUGUCCAGAUGUUGCAUCAUCUGAAGUUCUCCAUCGAGAUCCAACUUAUGUAGUUCGUCUUCAAAAAGACCUUUUCCAAUCGGCACUUCUCCGUCCUGAUCGAGAAGAAUUUGUAGAUCUAUUUUUAACCAAUGGUUUUCGUUUGCAUAAAUUCAUCACACCGACUCGUCUUCGUCGAUUGUUCAAGCACAUUUACCAAGAAGACUUUUUCCACACCGUUUGUUGGGAAGGUGUUCUUGGUCAUUCUCUACUCUCCCGUCCAUCGAAACAUUUUAUCGAUACUGAUCUCAAUUGGUUAAUCGAAACUUGCACUGGUUUUAAUAAUUUCGUUAAUUCUGACCAUCUCUAUUACAAUGUAAUGUCCAUGUAUGUUUACAAUGCCGCAUCAGCUGAAAGAAAAGCACUCACCAUAUUGACUCUCUGGGCGAUAUUCAGUUCUCGUCAUAAACUGGCUAAAACCCUUUGGAAACAUUCAGAUCAACCAAUUCAUUUGGCUCUUGUUGCAUCCAUGGUUUAUGAUCGUUUAUCGUCGUACGUUGUUGACACUAACAUAAAAACCGAUCUUAAAAAUCAAUCGCGAAUAUUUGCCGAAAUGGCAACCGGUGUUUUAGAUGACUGUUAUGAAGAUGCGACAAGUCGUGCAAUUGAUGUUUUAUCAGAAGAAAGUCCCGAUUGGAAUUACAAAACCGCUGUUGACAUUGCAUCAAAUGCAAGGACCAGAAUUUUCCUUGCCCAUCAGUGUUGCCAAAAAUGGUUAACCGAUACUUUCCAAGGAGAGAUCAGAAUUCGUGAAUUGGGCUGGGGCAUAUUUACCUUACCUCAGGGUUUCAAAAUCGUUGUAUGCGCUUUCCUCAUCUUUCCAAUGUUUAUUUGGGUCCGAUUUAAGCCUCGAUCAACACGAAAUGAAAUCGAAGAGCCAGAAGACGAUGAAAGAGAUGGUCAAGAUAAUCAAGGAGUCGAUGAAACUGGUGGACUGAUUAACUCUGGUGGUGGUGGUGAUAAUCUCGCACAAAUGGCCGCUAAAACGGCUGGUAAAGCUGUCUCGGGUGUCAUCAAUAUUCGAGGUGCUGAUUAUGCCACACUGAUUCGAGAUCGUGAAGUUUUCAUCCGUCAACAACCACCUCUAUUAACUAUGAUCAAACUCAUGUGGACAGCACCGAUAACCAAAUUUUAUACAUUUCAAGUUUUCUACAUAUUGUAUUUAGCAUUAUUUUCAAUCGCCGUUCUCUAUCCAUCUUGUGGUAAUCAGUUAAUUGAUUAUUCUGUUUGUAUUUGGACCUCGUUAAUUGUUGCCGAACACAUUAGACGAACUUGGGUUCUUUAUCGUAAAUACACUUCAAUACCUUUGGUCUGGAAGUGUAUUGAAAUCUUUUUAAUCAUCAUCUUCGUCAUAAUAUAUUCCACUUACACCGCUGGUCUUAAUCUUAAAUUUCUCACCCUAUCACCUUACGGUCGUAAAGUAGUUUUAAGUGUGGCCCUUUUGUACUUUUAUUAUCGGCUUAUUGCAAUUUACUUACCAAUCUCACCAACAUUGGGUCCGCUUUUAUAUCGUUUACGAUUAAUGAUUGGAGUCGAUUUCCUUAAUUUUAUGAGAAUGGCAAUUGUUAUCAUCGUCAGCGGUGGUGUGGUUAUGCAGGCGCUUCUUUAUCCUGAUCUUGAUCUUUCCCUGGAAGUGGGUAAACAAGCAUUUCACCGAGCCUGGUUUUCACUGUUCUUAACUCCUGUGGGUGACCUUUCAGCUGAUGCCCAAUGUAAAACAUUUUAUAACUCGCAGCGAGAUGAUACCUCUGUUUGUUAUGCUGGAAAAUAUAAUAACACCGCAAGUCCAACUCCAUGUCCUCAUGAUGACUUUUGGUCUUACAUUUUCGCAAUCCAAUAUUUUAUCCUAUUGAAACUUAUCAUGUUGACCUUACUUUAUGCCUUGUUUUCGGCCACCGCCUCGCGAUUGGAAGGUAAAACUGAACAAAUUUGGAAAUAUCAACGAUACAUUUUGGUUAUUGAUUUUGCCAAUCAUUUACCUUUACCUGCACCAUUGAGUAUCUUUUGUUACAUUUAUUUUGUACUUAAAUGGUUAAUUAGGACUUUAUCUUGUUAUUAUUGUUUUAAAUGGUCAAAGUCUCGAGAAGGUAAAAACCAACCUGAUGGUCCUUUCGGUGAAGCAGCAGAAACAAAGUAUAACAUGAAAUUGUCUGAAGACGAUUAUAACUUUUGGAGACAUUUAGCUCGUCAAUAUGCCUCAAGGCAGGAAAAGGUCCAAGAAGAACGUGAUAUCCUGAAGAAACAAUGGGAAGGUGUUCAAUCUUUAGCUGAAGAGAUUGAAUAUGAGAAAAGGUUAAUGAAAAAGAUCAACACUCGAGUCUCAGAAUUGGAACGGAUGAUGACCCUUUCUCAUGUUUAUCUUGAGAAUAUAAAACAUAUUUCAUCUCUUAAAUUCGGUAACCUUGAUUCCGAAGCCUAUGGAACAACAUCCUCGUCGUCAGGUGUAACAGGAAAACCUUUUCAUCAUAUUUUAUCUCGACAAAGUCCAUAUCCUGGUACUCGAGUUCAACGGAUUCCAGUUCCAGAUAAAUAUGUUCCAUGGGAGGUUAUGUGGAUUGACUAUGAUCCAGUCGCUUAUACCAAACAAAAAAUGGACUUUGGAGCAAACUUUCAAUCGGAUGUCGAUGAAGAUAUACUUUUCCUUCGAGAAUAUAAUAUUGAACAAGUGACCUCAAAAUUGCCCGUUUUAAACUGGAACAGUGUAUCAACCAAUCCUGCUGGAAUAACAAUCGAUCGUACCUCGUGGAUUAAGAAAGAUGGUUGUACCAAUUUAGUUUAUUCUUUAGACGCUGGAAUACCUCGAAAUCCAUUCGGUCGAACUGGUUUAAAGGGUAAAGGUUCACUUCCUCGUUGGGGUCCAAAUCAUUAUGUGAUGUUUGUUAUAACUCGUUGGCGAACAUCAAGAAUUGUUUCCACUGGUAAAUUGUUUGAAUUUGUCGUCGAGAAAAAUUUACCUCGAUGGGAUCAGAUUUCACUUCCAAAUCGUUUUGUUCCCGGUGAUCAUUUAUAUUCUGAGUUACAAAGAUUAUUCAAUGUACCUGAAGACCAAUCAUGGGCAGAUGAUAAAUCGGUUGAAGCGUUUUUCACCAAUUGUGCUUUACCAAAUACUAAUAUUAAAAGCUCCGAAUCAGAGGAAAUCGUGGCAAUGAAAUUUACCAAAAACGAUGCAACCUACAUGGAUGAUCCGUUCAACACGGACAUGGCCUGGAAAGAAUUGGUUCUAAUUCAUGUUCACUAUUCUGGAAGUGAUGAUCUGGAUAAAAAGAUGACGACUUCAUUAAAUUGGAGAAUCAUUACAGAAGAUGUUUUCCUUAAACUGCCCUCUGGUCAAUCAACAAUCUUACAAUCAGUAACCAACAAAUUACAAGCAACAAUCAUUUAAAUUAUUCAUCACAUUCAUUCACCAAUAACCUUGAAAAUUACUUCUCGUUCACCAAAAAACUAUCAAAAAAAGUACCAAAAAAACACCAGAAAAUCAACAUGACAACGAUGAAUCUUUAAUUUCCUUGAUAAAUAAUGAGUCGGAACCAUUAUUAUUAUCAUGAUUAUGAUUAAUUCUUGACUAAUUUAUUUACCAUUAACGUUAUCUAUUCUUAUGGAGAAAGAAAAUUAGUUGGCCUUUAUUCUCAAUAUUGUUAAUUAUUAUCUCGUAUCUGUGAUAAUUCAUAAUAAUACAAUUAAUUGUUAUUGUAAACUGUAAAUUGUUCAACUUUCCGAAUUGACUGUUGACUCUAUUACCUUGGAAUCUGAAAUCAUCAACAUUAGUUAUUCAAAGAAUUACUCUUUGGAAACUGAUCAUUUAAACUAAAAUCAUUCACCACCAUUUCCAUGUAAAACAAAUCAUCUGAAAAUCAAUGUUAAUUGUGGAAAUUAAUUGCAAUCAUAACCUAUUAUUAUUAUUAUAAUUACUAUUAUUGUUUUUGAAAUCAAUCACCAUCCAAUUCCCUCCAUAAUAUUUUGUUGAUUAAUUCCAAUUCUUGUCAAUUAACCAUUAAUAUUGCAAUAAAUUGUUAAGACACAAAACUUAUAUAAC